CCCUUGUGUUGUAUGUGUGCCUGUUUGCUUGUAUUAAUCCCGUCAUAUGCUUUUACACAAACAUAAUCAGCUGACCAAGAGAAUGUCACUGGAGGAUGUAGUGCUGAGGGUCAAGGUACCUCUGAGUCAACUGAGUGGAGAGUGUCACCUGCACUGUGACAGUCCAUCUCCUCAGCGUCACUCCUGGGGCACUCACACUCUCACUGUAGUCGACAGUCGGACACUCACUGUCACAUCUGUGUCUCCGUUAGUAGCUACUGUCGGGGUCACCGUCCAGUGGAAGCUGGUAGUACAUGGAAUAACAGCCCCGUUAGAUCUCUUCUGCUUCAUUUUGGAUUCAAAUAUGACAGUGGUAGAUAUCUUGCCCACCAACAGGGUCUCAGGGAACCCCCUGGCGUCCACCGUGGUCUGUCCCCCUUCUAUCCCUCUCUCUGACAAGCCACAGUUCCUUGGGGUGGCUUUCUCUCGAGCCGCGGUGGCUAACCUGUCUGCCAACAAUACAGUGAGAGCAUCAAGUCAAGCAGCACCACUGAUACCUCUCCAGGCAGACUUUGCAGAGGACUCGAGUGUUAUCCGGGUGGAGUUCAACCAGAACAUCGAAGGCCCCGCUGACUGCUCCCGAGUGUUCAGGUCCAGUACACAGAUUUUACUUGGAGGCGGUGUAAAAUGUGAGUACAUUGGCAACCGAAUAUAUAUAACCUUGGGGAGUGCAGCACAAAUACAUCCCCGAGACUUCUUGAGAUUCUCGGCCCCCACCAGUCUGAGACCAAGAGGAUCCUCUGUUCCUGCUUCAGUACAAGGUGAUGCAGUAAAGCUGGACUUUAGGAAGGGAGUUCCAGCACAUUACCAGGUGAUAGGUCCAGAGCAGCUUUGUCCGCCGAGUAUUAGCACUGUGGAGGUGGUACCCCUGACUGGACCUCCCCUGCUGUACAACUGGAGUCUGACUGUAACCGAGGCCUCUGCCACCGAGGCCACACAGAGACGCAAUCUGCUGGUGUGGCUCGGAGCUAGACAACUCAUCAGUGCGGCCCGACACGCCAGCGUUCAGUCUCUUCAGAUCAACACUAGUCUGUUGGUGCCCAACAUUAUCUACCACAUCCAGGUUGUGGGCUACAACACGAAAAGGUUUGUUGGACAAUCAUCACACCUGGACUUUCAGUUGGCUAGUCCCACCAGUCAUCCACCGGUCACCCUAGCCAUCCUUUGCUCGUCCACUGUAAGAGCUGACUCUCCUCUCAUGCUGGAGGCCAGAGUGUCCUCUGCCUGUGGUAACGUGUCUGUCAGUAACACUCAAUAUUUGUGGAAAGUGGAGAGCGAUACGCACAGAAUGACCUUGGAGCAGACCGGCCCCAGAGCCACUGUGCCCGCUGGGAGCCUGCGCGCACGGAGUGUGUACAAUAUCAGUUGUGUGCUGAGUCUCAGAUCUGUUGUGCUGGCCACGAAGCAGAUGCAGGUCUUGGUAGAGCAUGGAAGCAUACGCAUGGAGGUAGUCCCAACAGAGAUAUCACUGGGCACAGGGCACAGCCUACUGCUGGACAUAUCUUACUCCCUUCGUAACAUAGACUUCACCACACUUCAGUUCCAGUGGACGUGUGAGAGAGAAGAUGGGCUAACCUGCAUUGUUCCUGGAUCUGGCCAGAAUCUCUCCACCCGUUACAGCGCAGCCCUGUCCCAGCCCAGAUUAGUUUUACCGGCCGGGUCUCUCCCAGUUGGAAGGUACAGACUGACAGCAGCAACUAAACUGGUUAACACUACAUACUCAGCUUCUGCUGUGGUGCUAAUGAUGGCUGGCAACCCUCCUCUGGUACAUCUGUCACAUCCUUACCUCCCUCCCUCCCGGAACUCUAUGACUUUCCCAGCGACAGUCUCCGAUAUACACCAGGGCUGCCUGAUCACUUGGGAGACCCUGGGGUUGGUGGGCUACGAGACCUUCCCUGUAAGGCAAGUGCCAGGUCACCAAAGAGUGGUGCCUGUAGGUGUAAGCUCCACGAGGCAGGACAGUUCUCUGGUAGUACCAGUAACCACCUUCCGACCCAGUGCUCGCUACAGACUUCGACUCACUGCAGCUUGUUCUGCUGCGGACCUCGCGUACGCAGACGUCACUGUGUCUAUUGAUAGACCUCCACACAUUGCUGUGUUUCAGGUGAUUCCACUACAAGGUGUGGCUCUACAAACUCAGUUCAACUUCUCAACUGAGCGUAUUGCGAUGUCGACGUGUAGUUUCGGCUUCUAUCCACCUUCGGGCCAUCCUCUCUUCUUCUAUACCUCUGCCUACUCUUGUACAUCGCAAGCUAGCCUACCUGCCUACAGUAGGUCAAGCAGUGCGGUGAGGACUGUGGUACGAGUCUGCACCUCUCAGUCGUUGUGUACAAACUCCGAUGGUCCCUCAGUGCAGAUUUCCCCACCUCCCUCCAUCUCUCCCGCACAAGCAAGCGCUAUAUCUGAGCUGGCCUCAGUUGCGCUGAGGAAUGAUGAGUUACCGGAAGCCAUAACUCCAGCUUUCACUGCUCUCUCCUCUACCAGACAGCUUCUGGACAAAGCAGCGUACAAAACAAUCUCUGCCGCUGUGGAAGCAGCAAUCAUUGACAGAGUCAACCGGACCUCACAGAGGCUUAAGAAUGACCCUUCACAUAGACCUAGUGCUAUGAAACUUUUGGACAGUGUCACCAGACUGUUACCAUUGCUGCAGCUCAACGACUCGGCUCUCUCAAUAGUCGUAGCUCUCAGAGACAGGAUUGCCACAAUGCCUCAAACAGAGCGGCCGAGCCGGGAAUUAGUGAUGGAGCCGAGAACUGGAAGAACCAAACGCCAGCAAUCCUUGCCUUCUGACGUCCGGCCUGAGAACCCUGACACAGUGGGAGUGUGGCUGAGAACCUCGGAGACGGCCAUCCUUAGCUUCAGCCACAACAGAAGUGUGGAGGAAAGGAGAAGACUGGUCUAUUACCUGGACAACUACAUCGCUGGACUCUGCAGGGCUCUGGUCGACUCACAACCUGUCUUCCUGGGUACUCAAGUGGUGAGUCUAAGCGUACAAAAGCUUAAUGUCCAGGAGAACUUCAAAACCCCAUUGGCUCUUCCUCAGUGCUCUGGCGACUGUUCGAGCCCAUCAGCUAAGUUGACUCUGGAGAGAGCCUUUGCCAAUCAUUACAAGGCAGUAGAUAGUGUCUGUCUGUCUGGACUUCAGUUCCCUCACAGCUCACUGGACCCCGUGUUCGAGUCUCCUGCAGGAGCUGUGCCUCUCAGUGCUGUAUACAGACUGAAAGUGUUGGUGUACAAUCCUCCUCGUGUUGAAAUUCCCCUUGUUGGGCCCUUAGUGAAGAUUUCCAUCCCCCUGAAUAGUUCAUCAGUGCCUUCAAAUCAUGUUAUCAAGUGCCAUGUGGUUGAACAAGGAAUAUGGAUCUCAUCAAGCUGUGAAACCUCCGCUACUACAGUUGACAUCGCAGACUGUAGAUGUCCAGCUUAUUUAUACUACAGUGUGUUUGCACUCCAAGUAACAACUUCUUCAACAGUUUCUACCACUGUUGUAACCUCUACUCCCUUCACAACUACCACUACGCUACCAGAGACAAUGGUGCCAACUGACAACAUACCAGAGACAGUGGUGCCAACUGACAACAUACCAGAGACAGCAUCUCCUGAACAUCUUAGUACCGAGAGACAGGACUCCUCUACAGAUCCUGAUAACUCUACAACUGCACUGCCACUUCCUGUCAACAUUACUACACCUUCUAGUUCUUUUGCUAAAAAAGUAGCUUUCAGGAUUGAAGAGAAUUUUGACCGAACAGUUGGUAGGAACACGACAGAAUUUAGUCUGCUGGUAAAGUCACAAGUGGAACAGCAGCUUGGCCUGCCCGAGGAAAUCAUUCAGGACAUAUAUGUUUCUAGAGGUAGUAUCCAGGUGACCAUGACUCUGCAGAACACACAACGUCUGACUGUCGACGAAUGUGUAGUAGAGCUGAGUCAAGCACUGGGGGAGGGCCGACUCUCUAUUCGUGACUCAGAUAACCGACUCUUGGACGUUCCGAGGCAGCCCUUGCAAGUCUUUCGUCAACCCAAAUACCAGCAGAGUGGGCUGUCUGCAGUGUUUUUAGCCUCUGCCUGUCUCUGCGUGUCUGCUCUUGUGUUGCUGUAUGUUGCGGUGGUCACUGUCAUCACGAAACACUCCCAACAAAAAAAGGAAACCAGAAUUAAUCAGCGAAUGGCUGCUCAGUCCAGUCCAAGAUAUUUGUCUCUACCCUUUCCCUACAAUUUAGAUGGAAGUGGUCAAAGGAUGGAUAAACUGCCUCUGCGCAACGGUGAAGAGCUGGAUUCUGGAAUUUAUGACUCGGAUGGGGCUAGAAGAAACUUCGGAAAAGAAAGACAAACGGUGAUGAGGCCUCAAAUGUGCAGAACUGCGCAGAACACAUUCACAUCUACAUAAGUGUAACACUUGUAACAGUUCAGUCUUGACAGGAAGUGUACUGGUUUCUCGCCACUCAUAAUAACAACAAUUUUGUAUAUUUUAAACAGUUUUCACAUUAAAUGCACUAAAGUAUUA